CUGAAGCCACAAGUAGUUGUGCAAGUGAAAAUGGAGCAUCUUCAGUUUUGUUUAUAAACAACGCCCUUUUUUAAAUUAAUUUAUAGUUUUUAUUUACUGACUAAGCUCAAGAAUUUAUGGCAGCCGAUUGUUAUUUUGAAUACUGAACAGCUUCCAAAAAUGACUUGCUGGGGAGAUGACGAGCCUGACCCCCCCUCAGAUAGGCCCAAGGUGCGGGGGUGCACCGACGUAUUCUGGCUUGCUAUCUAUGUCUCAUUCUGGUUUCUCAUGAUAAUGAUAGCUGGGUUCGCUUUGGCGUAUGGCAACCCAAGGCGGUUGGUAAACGGAUAUGACAGCUUUGGAAACACUUGUGGCGCCGAAUAUAAUGAGAAAAUUGGCAAUUUUUCACUCACCGGACUCAAUAUGACGUCAAAAAAUCCAGCAGAGGAGAAAUUAAUUGGAAAGCAGUUUCAAUGCUUUCUAUUUCGGUCCAUCAGAGCAGACACUAAUGGAAAACAGAUCUUUACUCAGAUAAUGAUAGCUGGAUUCGCUUUGGCGUAUGGCAACCCAAGGCGGUUGGUAAACGGAUAUGACAGCUUUGGAAACACUUGUGGCGCCGAAUAUAAUGAGAAAAUUGGCAAUUUUUCACUCACCGGACUCAAUAUGACGUCGAAGAAGUACUUAUUAUUUUUCAAUAUGGCCAAUGUCGGUCAAUCGAUGGAUAUAUGUGUUGAAAAAUGUCCUGAUAGAGAUCUGCUAACAUUGGACGAUCUAAGAAGCUUCUACAAAGAAACUGGUUCUAAAUUGUGCAGGUAUGACUUUGAUUUGUUGGGCGAAAAUAAGGACUCUCUACACGGUCUCAAUGAGUCCCUUCUUGUCAGCUCAGCUUAUGGACCUUGUCCGCUUUUACCUGUCAAAAAAAGUACUCCCAUUAUGAACCGAUGUGUACCCGUGACAAUAGUGGAGCCUGUGAAGAAUAUAGUGCACGGUGUAUUUGAUCUGCUAAACAGCUGGGACUUUGUCGAACAAGUUUUGGGUGACCUGUACGCCACAUGGCAUUACAUCCUCGCUAUGACAUUCCUUGCACUCAGAUCACCGGGUGAGAACAGUGAGUUGAAAAAGUGUAAUAAACAAACCAUGGAUACAAAGGUGGGCGAGAUGACAUUGAAUCAAUUGAUGGUGUCGUUCAGCGAAAUUCUCGACAGUAAGCUAAGCAACGUAGCGUCCAAGGAGGAUAUGAAAGAACUAUCGGACAAAGUGAGUGCUUUAGAAAGGGAGAACUCUCAGCUGAAGGAAAAACUUAUUAGGAUGGAAAAGGUAUGUGAAAAAACUGAACUCAAGCUGAUUGAUUUAGAAAGCCGCUCAAGAAGGAAUAAUUUAAUUUUUAAAGGAAUACAAAGUAUACAAGGUGUGGACUGUGCGACUAAAGUGAAAAACUUUUGUUCUAACAUCUUGGGUAUAAGUGAAGAAAUUUUCGUCAACCGUGCACAUUUUCUGGGGAAAGGCACAGAGACAGUUAUUGCACAUUUUCCAAAAGAUGAAGACAUUCAUAAAAUUUUUGGAAAUGUUAAAAAACUCAAAAAUACCAAUAUUGUGGUUCAUAGAGACUAUGCUAGUGAGGUGCGGGUGAAGCGCAGUAAACUUUUGGCUCUGAAAAAAGAACUUUCAAGGUUGGUGCCGGAAGUCGAUGUUCGGCUGGGUUUCGAUUUCCUGAAAAUUCAAGGAGUUCAAUUCUAUUGGUCUUCGGAUUGGAAAUUGAUGUCAGGAAAGGAGGAUGGAAUAGCCAAGCUGAAGUCGAUGCUGCGUGUGGACCUGGCGAACUUCGCAUCUCGUCUAAAGGAGGAGUCAGUUGGUUGUACGAUAGUUUGGUGGACGUAUUACGACAUCAAAGUGGAACUCGAUAAUACGCCAAGCGAACUGUUACUUGAGGAAGCUAUUCAAAAUGAACGAGCUUUUUUCCUUUACGGUAUAAUAUCAUCUGUUAUAACAGCUGUGAUAGUACUACUAGUAUGCUCGAUGCGACGCAACCUGAGUUUCCUGGCCGAUCUAUUCAAGGAGGCGUCAGAAUGCCUGAGUGCACUGCCCAGUCUCUACCUGCAGCCCAUCCUCUCAUUCGUUCUGCUGCUGCUUUUCUAUAGCUUCUGGGUGCUGGUUGUCGUCUGUCUUGCCACAGCUAACUACCCAGGCAUCCGUCCGAUCCGCCCCUUCUCUCUAGACCUGGACCCAAUGCUCGCCGCCUCCGCGUCCGCCUCCCAGCCAGCCUCCCCCGACCUUCUCUCAGCCCUGCUGCCCCCACCGGCUAACAUCUCGGUGGUGACACACAAGGCGUUCACCCUGGUGCAGUAUGCCGACGCCUUGUGGGUGCGCUACAUGUGGUCUGUGUAUCUGGUUGCCCUGGUCUGGGUCAGCCAGUUUGUGCUAUCCUGUCAACAGAUGGUGGUAGCGGGCGCUGUAGCCAGGUGGUACUUUAAUGGGUGGAAGAAAACGACAAAAUCGCCGGUGCUGACUUCUUUCAGACAUAUGAUAUGCUAUCACCUCGGCACCAUGGCCAAGGGAUCCCUACUCAUCACAAUCUUCAAACUGCCAAGACUCAUCUUGACCUAUCUCCACACAAAAUUCAAAAAGUCGGAGGAAAUAUCGUCCUGUGCAAGAUGUGGACUGAAAUCGUGUAUUUGCUGUUUUUGGUGUCUCGAAAACUUUAUUCGAUACAUCAAUCACAACGCGUACACUGUUGUAGCCAUGCAGGGAAUCAAUUUUUGUCCCGCAGCAGCUAGGGCAUUCCAUAUUCUAAUGAGUAACGCUAUCCAGUUUGCCAUAAUCAACAGCAUGGGUGAUUUUAUUCUGUUCCUCGGUAAAGUUAUUGUGACCGCCAUCACAGGGUCUGUGGGCUUACUGUUGAUCAAAAACAACGAGCAUCUCUAUUUCUAUUCGGCUCCCACACUGGUCAUCUGUGUUUUUGCCUACUUUAUCGCGCAUUCUGUCAUCUCCUUGUAUGAGAUCGUAAUAGACACGCUGUUCCUUUGCGUCUGUGAGGACCAGAAUAUGAACGGAGAGGCGGGUCGUUGGAGAGAGAGAACCCUAUCCUCUAUCCGCUCCACCAAUGGCAACUCGAAUUCCAGAAUGGUUCCCGAACUCAAGCCAAUCAACUCCUGAUCAAAAAUCAUACUUUUCCCCAAAAAAUCACAACGAUUCAACGGCCUAUACUUAACAAAAAACAAAUAUAAGUAGUAUUUUGGUAGUCCAAAAAUGGGGAUUAUGUUCAUUGCAUCAUCAACAUUCAGCAUUGAUUGAAUUGGAAGCGUCCAUGUUAUAUAUAAGGAAUGCUGUCAGUUUAAAGUGAAACUCUAUAGAAUUAUUAUAGUUCAGUAUUAUAUUUUAUCUAAGCUUGCCCUCCAUUAGUGUAUAAUAACUGAAAACACUUGUGUCCAAUAGAGUAUUGUUAAAUUUGUAGAUAGACAACAAACUAUUUUUCCACAAAAACAUUAUUUUAUUCCAGUAGAUUAUUGUUUAAUUAUGUGUAGAUAACUAUUUUCCUAUUUAUUGUUUAUUAGAAAAAGCCUUAAAUACAAUAGAUAGAUUUAUUUAUGUAUUUCUCACAUUGAGGCUCAACUCACACUUACUCGACUCAGGUCGAGAAGAGACUCGACUC